AUGGCUCCCAAGUACAAGGACGGGGACGCCGUUGUAGCGUUUAAUGGGAAAUGGGUCUCCUGGGCACAUACGGCGGUGGCCUACACCGCGUUCUUUAGUGCCCUGGUGGUUGGGAUGUACCUGCAUUUCCACAAAAUCGUGCAGAACGAACAUUACGGUUACCCCGACGAAUGGUUCCCCUCCGUCUCAGCGACAAUCGGUGAUCGAUACCCCGAGCGAUCCUUCUUCCAAGUCUUCAUCGCUAUUACCUCCGGUCCCCGCUUCGCUCUCGUGUUUCUGUGGUACGUCUUGACUGCACGUCCGAACUCAACUCUGCCAAAGGUGGUCGCUGGGGUCGGACUGUUCCGCACGUUUACUUGCGGUGGCUGGACAUAUGUUACGUCGACGGAUGAUCAUGACUGGCACGACAUCUUUAUGAUCUCUUACCUUGUUGCGACUCUGCCCUGGACCCUCGGAUGUCUCGCCCUUAGCCCGAACAACCGCCGUGCUGUCAAGUACCGGAAGGUCUUGGCAAGCUUGUUCUUUGGCACACUUGUGCCCUUGAUCUACUACUUCAUCCAGCACAAAGUCCACAAAGUUCCUGGAGCCUACACGAGAUACGCCUUCUUCGAAUGGUCCCUUAUCCUCUUUGAUGUUGGAUUCGACGCGGUCACCGCCCUUGACUUUGAAGCGUUUGAAAUCGUGGUGCGGGAUGUCAAAGGUGUUAGCAGAGGGCAGCUGAAGACCACCGCGGAUUCCGUUCUCGAAAAAGAGAAGGGCAAGCCCGUUGGAAACACCUUUGGCGAAGGUUUCUUCUGGUCAGAAAUCAUUGACGCUGCCGCUGAUGCCUACAAUGGGUUUGUCCUUUGGUCCCUGUGGACGGCUCUCCCUGUUCUCGUGUGGUAUUUCCCUCUUUGGUACAUGGGCAUUUCCGGUUAUGAGGUUGCCAUUCUGGCGUAUACCGCGCCAGCUCUCCUCGCCAUUCCGGGUCUGAAAACUCUCGCCACACGUAACCCCCGUAUCUUGCAUCUUCUGUCCAUCUCUGGACUACUUGCCUACAAGGUGCAGGAUCCCGCCAACCGCCUUUUCCUGAUUGUUUUCUCUGUCGUCUGCGGCUGCUUGUCAUGGACCGCGACUUUGUAUGCGGAGAGAGCUAAUGGCUCCCGUCUCGAAUCUCGGAUCUUCGCCUGGGGUCUCGGCUUGAUCAUGUCGAGCAUUGCAAAGUUCGCCUGCAGGACUAACAACCCUGUUUGGCCCAUCAUGCAUGCUGAAAAUGGCGGCUGGAACAAGCUUGGAUUGCUUCUGGCGGUCCUCGCCGCACUUCGGUCUUACAGACGUGCCCCAACCAGUGGAGGAGAUUAUUUCCCCACUACCGGCCGGAAGGGUUCCCCUAUCCUGGCUGCUCUCGGUGUGGGAGGUCUCGUUUUUGCCAUGCACUCCAUGCUGUCGGAUUCUAGCACUAUGAUUUCUUGGGUCUGGGAUGGUUACCCUGUCCGGGGCCCAAUCGCAGUUCCUCACGGAGCGUAUACCAUCUUCGUGAUGGGCGCUGGCCUGGUCUACGGUCUGUUCUAUCCUGCGGCUGCAGGAAGCUGGACUGCCUUUGGCAUCGGCUCGCUUGGGGCGGCCAUGGUUACCUGCUACAGCCACUGGACUGGAUUCUACGGCGGCCUUAUCCUCGCAUUCUAUCUUUUGGCUGUCGCUCCCGUCCUGCUUUCCUCGGCUGUGCGCCACUCACCAGCCACCACGUUCGGAAUUGGCAUGUUUUUGUACAUGUUCCUGGUCCUUUUCCAUGUUUGGGUUGUUGCAUACGCCUUCGUGCCUGGUGGCCCCCUUGUGCGUGAGCACACGGACUGGCUGAUGACUGUGACCAUGCUCUCCAUUGGAGCCGGAGUUUUCUCAGCUGGUGUGACAAACUCCUCCACCCCCAAGAGUAAGACCAUCAGCCCCAGUGGCAGAAGACAACGCUCGUACUAUACCUACGUGCUCGUGGCAUUGCAGCUCCUUUCUAUCUCCGUGGCAUAUCUGCGCUUCCCUACCAACGACUACGUUCCGUAUCACAAGGACGAGAAGCUUGCCACGAUGGGCAUUUGGACUGUUCAUUUCGGUCUCGACAAUGACAUGUGGGCAUCGGAACGUCGCAUGAAGAACGUUAUCGAGGAGCUUGAGCUCGAUGUUAUCGGUCUCCUUGAAUCCGAUAACCAGCGUAUCAUCAUGGGUAACCGUGAUAUCACUCAGUCCUUGGCUGAGGACUUGGGAAUGUAUGCGGACUUCGGCCCCGGUCCCAACAAGCACACGUGGGGUUCUGCUCUACUUUCCAAAUUCCCGAUCGUUAACUCCACGCAUCAUCUUCUUCCCUCCCCCGUCGGUGAACUGGCGCCAGCCAUUCAUGCUACCCUCGAUAUGUAUGGGGAGUUGGUCGAUGUGGUUGUCUUCCACUCUGGUCAGGAGGAGGAUCCAGAGGACCGUCGCCUCCAGUCUGAAUACCUGGCCAAGUUGAUGGGUAGCUCUACUCGUCCGCUAGUUCUGUUGAGUUAUCUUGUCACGAAACCCCUGGAGGGUAACUACAACACGUAUGUCAGCGAACUGAGCGGCAUGAAAGAUAUCGACCCUACGGAUUGGGACAGGUGGUGCGAGUACAUCCUAUACAAGAAAUUGAGGAAGGUUGGAUACGCCCGUGUCAGCCGCGAUUCCAUCACCGACACCGAAAUCCAGGUGGGCAAGUUUGCUAUCGGCGAACCCGAGUCUGAGAACGACAUGUUCAUUCCGGAGGAAAUGGUGCCGGAAGGACGCAGAUUCCCCAGCCUCUUCCGCGGCCAGGGAGUCCGUGGACACCGUUAUCAUGUCUUUGACGAACCCAGAUAUUUCAAUUAG